AUGGCGCCAUGCCCCCCCAUGGCAUGCGGCAUGGCGCCAUGCCCCCCCAUGGCAUGCGGCAUGGCGCCAUGCCCCCCCAUGGCAUGCGGCAUGGCGCCAUGCCCCUCCAUGGCAUGCGGCAUGGCGCCAUGCCCCCAGGCCCCAUGGGAUGGAGCACAAGCUGGCCGUGCCUUGUGCCAUGCCCAUACUGUGCCCCAGGCCAUGCCCUGUGCCCCCCGUGCUUCCCGUGCCGCCCCUCGCCCACUCUACCAGGAGGUGAUGGAGCACAAGCUGGUGUUCAUCGAGACUCAGGACGUGGAGGUGAUGGAGCACAAGCUGGUGUUCAUAGAGACGCAGGACGUGGUGGAGACCACGCUCGCCCUCGACAACUACCGCCGCGCCUGUGACUGCGGCCGCGGGGGCGUCUUCUUCUCCAUCGCCAGGGGCAAGGUGGCGGAGGGGAUUGACUUUGACCGCCAUUAUGGCCGACUCGUCAUCAUGUUUGGCGUGCCCUUCCAGUACACCCUCAGCAGAAUACUGAGGGCACGCCUGGAGUAUCUGCGGGAGACGUUUCAGAUCCAGGAGAACGACUUCCUCACCUUCGACGCCAUCAGGCAAGCAGCGCAGUGUGUGGGGAGGGUCAUUCGGUCCAAGUCCGACUAUGGCAUCAUGAUAUUCGCCGACAAACGGUACAACCGGCAUGACAAGCGCAGCAAGCUGCCGGGGUGGAUCGUGUCGCAGCUGCCCGACGCACACCUCAACCUCUCCACCGACAUGGCCGUGCACAUCGCCAGGGAGUUUCUGCGGCGCAUGGCACAGCCGUUUGACCAGGCAGCAUCGAUGGGCGGUGCAACUGCCACUCUCCUCAGUGAAGCUGACGUGGCAGCCAUGGCCAUUGGCAUGGGCACAGCAGGAUAG